AGUGGGUUCCCCGCCUUCCUUCGCCCUUUUCUCUCCUUCGUUUCGUUUCUCUCUGCCUUUUCUUAGGGUUUAAUAUUUAUAGAUUCUUUUCCAAAUUUCCUCUUUCUCCUCCGCAGUUAGGGUUCCCAAUGAUGGAGAGGUCAUCGUCUCAACCGUCCGAUUCAAAGCCGACCGCCGCCGGAGCAGCCCGAUUCCUGUCCAAUCUCCCUUCUCGCGGCCUCUUCUCCUCCACUGUUAUUUCCUCUAAUCCGGGUGGAAUGCGAGUGUACGUUUGCGAUCACGACACAUCACCACCAGAGGAGCAGCUUAUCAAGACAAACCAAACAAAUAUAUUAAUUAGGUCUCUAAUGCUGAAGAAACAGAAGAGCGAUUCUAGUUCAAAAGAUGGAAAAGCUCAUGCAGCUAAUGAAUGUUCCAGUUCCAAAAAAAGGGCUGCUGAUAGGGCAUUGGAGAGUAGGGCUAAAAGGGGAACGACAAGCAGUCAAGUUUUGACUCGGCAAGGCAAGUCCGAAUUUAAGUUUCCUUCCAUCUUGGAUUAGAUGAUUCUUUUUUGAAAGAACUUUGUUCGUAUUUAUGUGGGACCAUUUUUGUUUGGAGUAAUUGGAGCGGUCGGGUGAAAAUAUUCACUAUUGUUGAGUUUUUAAAUUGUUUUCUUCUGCUUCAAGAAAAGUGGUGAAAUCUGCAUUUCUUGUCUGUGAAACAGUUGAAUGCUUCGGUAGUUGUUUCCAUGCACAAAUUUUAUCCACCUGAGGCCGUUUUUCUUGGAUGCUUUGGGUUCUACCACUGGACAGCUUCUCCAGUUUGUUCUAAUGGUUUAUCGUUAAUAUAUACGUCAUUAAUUGGUAUUUUUGUUUCUGGAAUGUGCAGAAGGAUCAAAAUCGCGAUUGCCUGAGAAAGAUCUGCAGAGUUUAACAGUAGAGAGAAUUCGUGCACUUUUAAAGGAGAAAGGUCUUUCCUUGAGAGGAAGAAAGGCAAGAACCAUCUUACUCAUUAUCGCAAUGACAUUGAUUUUGCUUUGAUUUUUCGCGUCUCGGAUGGUUGUUAUGGAUUCUAGUUAUCGUAUCAUGGGUUAUUAGAUAAGCACUUGAAUGAUAAAUCUUGCCAUGAAACUUCAUUUACAAACUAUGCAUUUUAAAAUGAUAGGAAAUACAGAAAGGGUUGGUAGGACAGGGAUUGGGGCUAGCUUAUAGAUUGGCCCUGGUCUGUGUUAUGGGAAUAAUGUUAUCCUAUGUUGGAAAGACAAACUGGAUUUCAUUUUCAGGAGUAGCAAGUAGUAAUCUUGAAUGCUGACACCAUUACAAUCACUAGAAAGGUGGAAUUUAACAAAACUAUUAGUAUAACGAUACAACUUAUGAUCACUAGCAGGGCAUAACUAGAAAGUAUUGGUGCCUUUUGUGGAUAUUUCAUUGUGUGAAUCCACAUUCAGCCUUUGAGAAUAUUGCCAUAUUGGUUUCUUAUUGGCACAAACAUAGAAGGACAGGUUCCCGAGCUUUGUGUUUCUGUUUUAGAGCAUCUCGUUUGAUAUUGUUUUGGGCACUGUAAAAGUACUAGCCAUGUGCAACUUAGAACAACCAAAGAUCUAUGAGAUCUCUCUCUUACAUGAAUGCUCCAUUUGUGACUGGGACAGGAUGAAUUGAUUGCACGGUUAAGAGGCGCAAACCAGUAAAGUUAGAGCUGGGAAGAGAACUUCUAUGACAUUUAAUGAGAAAUCUCUAGGUUUUGUCGUAACCAUAUGGGCUAGUUUUGGGAAGUGGCUGUUCUGUUGUAAAAUGUAAUAGCCUUUUUGUCAUCAAAUAUGUAAAUCUGCAGUUGUUGUGGUGUUCAUGUUGAGACUUGAGAGAUGAGAGGGAUCAUGUAGUUCAAUCUUUGACCCGAUAUGGGACAUGCAUGUAGCAAUAUCCAACUUGACCCUUCAAGAACUUUGCAACUUUGCUUUUGCAUUUCCCAUCCUUUUAAUGCUUACUUCCAUUCCGUCAGAUACUUGCUACUUUUGCAAACCG